AGCGCGUCGCGAGGAGGAAGGUAUCUUGGAUGAGCACGCACACCAGAUGAUGGAAUUUCUCUCAGAGACCGCAGCUGCUCGACCAGCACUGUCUCCCUCCGAGAUGAGAUAAGAAGAGCAGAGACAGCAGACCAUACAGCGGGAAAGAUGUUCUGCACGAAGCUGAAAGAGCUGAAGAUAUCAGGAGAGUGUCCGUUCUCCAGCAGCAGCAGCAGCGGCGCCCAAAAUAAUGAGCUCGGAGACUUUGAGGAGCGCUCAACUGACGCCGCGGAUUUAAUGCCUAUUUCUAAAGACGUGCACGGAAAGAUAGGUGAGGAUCUACCUAAACAGAAGACAAGCAGAGCCAAAGUUAACCUGCAUACACUUGGGCAGAGCAUACGAAAAUUGGCAUGUCCCGAGUUUCAAAGGCUGCACACUGCUCUCCAACGAAUGAUGAGACUAUCAGAUCAAACCAGGGACUCUCAAAGUCCCAUCAUUUGCUGCACAGACUAUCAGAGCUGCAGUGAUGAACCAGAGCACUUAGUGGAAAUGAUGAACAUGUACUCAACCAAAACAGGGCAUCACAACUUCACCUAUUUCCCUUCAUCUGUCCUGACAGCAAUCCAGAUGGAAGCUUUAAAAGUUGCUCUUGGCGAGGAGCUCUUCAACAUGUGUUAUGAGGAGGACGGACACAUUUUGGGGGUGGUGGGGGGGGCUCUCCACGACUUCCUCAACAGCUUCAAUGUCUUGUUGAAACAGAGCAGCUCGACGCCCAACCUGGACAGAAAGGAUUGUGUAAACGAACCUUCGGUGCUGUGCUUAGACAAGGAUGCAGGUCUGCUUACUGUCUAUUUCUUCAACCCCCGCCCAACUACUGAGCUCUUCUUCCCUGGAGUCAUCAAAGCUGCUGCCCGCCUGCUGUAUCACACCAGUGUGGAAGUGUUGAUGGACCCCCCCGGUGUUAAAGACAGCAUAUUGCAGUCAAGCCCGCAGCCUAGUCUUCUGUACACAGUUGUGGUUAAGGAUGCUAAAGAUCUGAGCCCCAGUCCGCUGCGGGCUACCUCAGCUGGGACCCUUCCUACCUCUCUGUUCUCCACCAUCUUCCCUUUCCAUCUGAUCCUGGACCAAGACCUUGUUUUGAUACAAAUAGGACACGGGCUCAGGAAGAGACUGUUCAGGAAAGAUUGUCCGAGACGGUCGUCUACCUUCCAAGAACACUUAUCUAUUGUCUCUCCCCAAAUCAAAUGUACCUUUCAAGGAAUUCUGACCAUGCUAAACACACAGUUCCUCAUUCGGAUCACACAUGGAUACUCCAUCGCAGAUAACACAGGGAAGCCUAUGGACCUCAAAGGUCAGAUGAUCUACGUUUCAGAGUCAAAUGUCAUCUUGUUCUUGGGCUCACCAUGUGUGGACAAGCUGGAGGAGCUCACUGGCCGUGGCCUCUACCUGUCAGACAUCCCGAUACAUAACGCACUGCGUGAUGUGGUGCUGGUUGGUGAACAAGCCAAAGCUCAGGACGGUUUGAAGAAGCGUCUGGGGAAGGCCAAGGCCGCCCUGGAGCACGCUCACCAGGCCCUGGAGGAGGAGAAGAAGAAGACCGUGGACCUCCUCUUCUCCAUCUUCCCUGGCACUGUGGCACAACAGCUGUGGCAGGGCCAGACGGUGCAGGCCAAGAAGUUUGACCGCGUGACGAUGCUCUUCUCUGACAUCGUGGGCUUCACGGCUGUUUGCUCACGCUGUACCCCGAUGCAAGUGAUAACCAUGCUCAGCGAGCUGUACACCAGGUUUGACCACGAGUGUGGGGAGCUUGACAUUUAUAAGGUGGAGACCAUUGGUGAUGCGUACUGUGUAGCUGGUGGCUUACACAAAGAGAGCGAGACUCACGCCGUCCAAAUUGCACUAAUGGCCUUAAGGAUGAUGGGGCUCUCAGACGAAGUGAUGACGCCAACUGGAGAAAAAAUACAGAUGCGCAUUGGUGUGCACACUGGUUCAGUACUGGCUGGGGUCGUUGGAGUGAGGAUGCCACGCUACUGCCUUUUCGGGAACAAUGUCACACUGGCUAACAAGUUUGAAUCUGGUAGCCUGCCUAGCAAAAUCAACAUCAGCCCUACAACCCACAGAUUUCUGAAGCACCGGCCAGAGUUUGUCUUUGUUCCCAGGAGCAGACAGGAGCUUCCUGCCGACUUCCCAGAAGACAUCCCUGGUGUUUGUUACUUUCUGGAGCCGUCCUUCAAAACUUCAUAACUGACUAUGAAAUAAAGUCAAGAUGCUGCAGAGCCCAAAAAUGUUAGAUUUGACGAAAUAUAAAUGUAUCCAGUGAACACAGUGCGAACACCUUAUAUAUUUUGUUUAAGUUUGUUUAGAUAUUGAUGAUAUUGUCUAUCAGUCAAACUCUUGCAGCUGUUAAUAACUGACAUGUCAGUUUGCUGUCAAACAUGAGUCUUGUCUUGUCUCUGUAAAAUGAUCCAUAUGUAGAGUGUAGCGCAGAGAAAAACUCACUUCCUUCAUUUUUCUUCCAGAAGGAGUCAUGUCUGCAAAUUUGACUUAUAGCUUAUGGCUUUGUUGACUGUUGUUCAUUUCAGAAUUUUGGCGUACAAUCGUUUAAGUCAGUAGCUGCUUCAGGACUGCUGUAAAUAAUUAAACAUAUCGUCUUGCAUAAUA